AUGAGUGGUGCCACCCUGAGCACAGAUUCCAUGACCUCUCCCUCACAGGAUAACACCACCGUCACAGUUUCCAUGACCUCUCUCUCACAGGUUAAUACCACUGUGAAUGAACCCACUGUAACCACACCAUCCACAGACGCCCAGCUCCACAAGAGUGCCCAGUACCCCAGCACUUGGAAAUACCACAUUUCCAUGACCUCUCUCUCUCAGGUUAAUACCACCGUGAAUCAACCCACUGUAACCACACCAUCCACACUCUCCACCAGGACGCCCAGCUCCACAACAGUGCACACUACCCCAGCACUUGCA